AUAUUGAAAAGAGGAGGAGUCUAAGCCAGCCGUUAAAGGCGAGUCCAGUCGCUUCUUUCCCAGUGUAUUCAUAGAGACUGUUGCUCUUUUUAGGGCUUCGUUUGUUACGGAUUUUGUGCUGAACCGGUCGCUGCGUCUACAUUAAAAUGGCUGAUCAGCUUACAGAAGAGCAGAUUGCCGAGUUCAAGGAGGCAUUUUCACUCUUUGACAAGGAUGGGGAUGGCACCAUCACCACCAAAGAGCUGGGCACAGUUAUGCGCUCCCUGGGGCAGAACCCCACAGAGGCAGAGCUGCAGGACAUGAUCAAUGAAGUUGAUGCUGAUGGAAAUGGCACGAUAGACUUCCCAGAAUUCUUGACCAUGAUGGCCAGGAAGAUGAAGGAUACAGACAGUGAGGAAGAAAUCAGGGAAGCAUUCCGUGUCUUCGACAAGGAUGGCAAUGGGUACAUCAGUGCUGCGGAGCUGCGUCAUGUGAUGACAAAUCUUGGAGAGAAGCUGACUGAUGAAGAAGUGGAUGAGAUGAUCAGAGAAGCAGACAUUGAUGGUGAUGGACAGGUCAACUAUGAAGAGUUUGUACAAAUGAUGACAGCGAAGUGAAGGCCUUGUACAGAUUUCUAUAUAAAUUUGCCUUUUUUGUGUAAUUUAUCUGUAAAAUCUUAAUAGCCCCUUUCGUCCCUGCCCCUUCUGCUGUCCAAAGGAACUGCAUGUAAACUGCAUAGGCUCUUGUCCCCAUGUCCCUUUUUUUUCUUUUGCUGUCAUGGUGUUUUGGAGUGACAGAAAAGUCAUACAACCAGAUGCCUAUGGAGGCCCCUGGGAGCCAGAGAACUUCGAAUCUUCCUGUUUUGUGUGCUCGGGGCCCUUCCACGCAUGGCGACAUUGAAAACCUGUCAGCUGGUUGUCACUUGGCAACACUGUUGGCAUGGAAACGAUGUGGAGGAGAUUAAACUCUGCAUGGACUACGGACAAAGUAUAUAAGGAAAUCUCUCAGCAUUGCACUACUGCAAAAAAAAUGACACGGGUGUAUCUCCUAGGUACUCGUACAAACUCUUUUUUUGUAUCUGCUGUUCGAUAUACCAGAAAAUGACUAAUCUUAACCAUGCUUUUUAUUGUUUUACUCAUUACUGUUUUUUUAUGACCUCUGGUCAUGCCUCAAAUAAUCCAUUCCAAGUUGUAUAUUUUUGUUUUCCAAUAAAAUUUACAAUUUACCCUGAUUUGAAAACUGUCUUAUUUUCUCAGUUCUAUUGAUCCUUGAGUUUGUAUACCCAAUAAUUACUCCCCUUAUUUUUGUGUACUGAAGAUGAGAUGCUCCUUUUUGGUAGCUUUUCUUUUGGUUAUUGCUUGGAUUAGAUGAAAUGUUUACCAUUUUAAAUUUAAUUAUCCCCUAUUCCAAAAGCACCGAGGAGCAUCAGCCAAUGCCUCUUAAUGUUCAGAUAAGCUCAGAUCAAAUCUGUAUUGUCAUUAAUAUAAAAGCACUCAGUGGGAUCAAAGGCCUCUAUUUUGAAGUGCAUGAAAUGGUACUCGACAUUAGAUUGGCCUUGUACUGCCCAACUCCCCUACUGACUACAUAGGCCACGUGUUGUCUGCUACUGUUCUACAUGGCACAGAACCAUGUAGAAGCUGGUUGCCUCAUGUCUUACUUAGCGUUUGUCCCAAUCAUGAAAUGCAGAUGAUUUGAGCUUACAUCAAUACCCAUGGUGUAAAUAGAGGUGUACCUGUUAUUUUUGUUUUUUUACUUCUGAUUAUUGAGUUUGUUACAGUAGCUUGCUGAGAUACUAAGUUUGUUAUUUUGAUGAAUGACAAAAUAAAGCUCUAUUGUGGACCUCUG